AUGAACUCUAAGAUCGUUAGCACUCUCGUCAUUUUACUUUUGAUUUUAUUCAGUUGCAAUGCCACCUUGAUCACUGAUGAGGCCGCCAAAUUGAGAGUGGUCUCCAGAAUUGAGGGAGCCAUCGCAACUUCAUGGAUGGACAAGGCCAAGUUGAAACUGUCUAUUAUUACUGGUAAGCAUGCAAACUUUAGGAGUGACUUGCCCAUUGAAACUGUUCAACCAAACUACUUGCAAUACUUGGUCAACAGUAUCAGUAAUAUGCAUGAAGUCAAUUUAGUAUUGCUACUACCAGAACUCGAAGACUACAAUGACUCAGAUAUCUGGAAAAUAAGAGACUCUUUGGAGGACUUUAUUAAAGGAGCCCAAAAUUUGACUGAGAAGUUGGACAAUGCAUCUUGGAUGAGGAAAAAGCUUUAUGCAAGCACUGUCAGGGCCAACACAAUAUUUUACCUGAGACAUUUGCUAUUCAGGUCCAGUUUCUUGAGCUACAUGACCCAAAAGGGGAACGAAGACCCUAACUUGAUGCUUACUGAGCUAAUACAAAUCAUUGAGGAAUCUAAAGUCACCUUGCUUACAGCCAUCAAGAUUAUUGCCAUUUUUGAGACAAACAAUUUUGAGUCACUGCUAGGUAUCUUACCAACCAUUAAUAACAAUGAUAGUACAGAGCAAGCUCUGGUUGUCAAUCAGUUGGGUUAUGAACUGUGUCCCGAGUGUGAGAAACAAAGGCGUGAAGAAAUGGAAACAGAACAUUUGUGGCAAGAUGCAUACAUCAAAACAAUGGCUUUACUUUUGGGGAGAACUGCUGCUUUUGUUGUGUUUUGUACUGCAAUUGGAGCAUAUUCCUGUACUGCAGCACUGCUGGUCUUUGGAUGCAAGGCAUACAUUAUUUGGACACAAAUUUGGAUUGAUUCCAUUAAAUUGUCACUUGGCAAAUGGAUUUAG